UUCAGUCGUAAGUAGCAAGUUGGGUUCAGCGCCUGAUUUGUUCUCGGCCAUUUUUUUCCUAGUCAGGCUGGUUGGUUUGUUUAGUUUGUUAGCGCCAAGAUGGCGGCACCCAUUGAAUCGUACCGUCUUGCUUAUGUGAAACUAUAACUGCAACUCAGGAAAAUUAUUGAGUCAAUUUUGAAGAGAUGUACAAAGUUGUCUACGAGUUACACCAUUUUGAUGGCGGUUUAUUUAUAGUGUUACGGAUCUAUGUUGUUUUGACCUGCCGGCUUUUUCAAAUUUUCUGCAAAGCGUCUAGCUAGAGGAACUUCAUCUCCCGGCACAAUGGCAUCUGGCUCAGUUCUGCAGCCACGGUGGAAGCGGGUUUUGGGUUGGUCCGGUCCUGUCCCUCGGCCCCGACAUGGGCACCGUGCGGUUGCAAUCAAAGAAUUGAUGGUCGUUUUCGGGGGGGGCAAUGAAGGAAUUGUGGAUGAGUUGCACGUUUAUAACACAGCGACCAACCAGUGGUUCAUUCCUGCUGUCCGUGGUGAUAUCCCACCUGGCUGUGCUGCGUAUGGGUUUGUGUGUGACGGCACCAGGCUGCUGGUGUUCGGAGGGAUGGUGGAGUAUGGCAAAUACAGUAACGACCUGUACGAACUGCAGGCCAGCCGCUGGGAGUGGAAGCGUCUGAAGGCCAAGUCUCCUAAGAACGGCCCCCCUCCAUGUCCCCGUUUGGGCCACAGCUUCUCCCUGGUAGGGAACAAAUGUUACCUGUUCGGAGGACUGGCUAACGACAGCGAGGACCCCAAGAACAACAUCCCCAGAUACCUUAAUGAUCUGUAUACGUUGGAGCUGCGUGCUGGCUCCAGUGUGGUGGGCUGGGACAUCCCCAUCACCUACGGGGUGUUGCCACCGCCCAGAGAGAGCCACACUGCCGUCGUCUACACAGAGAAGUCCCGUCUGGUCAUCUAUGGAGGCAUGAGUGGUUGUCGUCUGGGAGAUCUGUGGAUCUUAGACAUAGACACCCUCACAUGGAGUAAACCGUCUAUCAACGGAACAGCUCCUCUUCCUCGCAGUCUCCACUCUGCCACAACCAUCACCAACAAGAUGUACGUGUUCGGAGGCUGGGUUCCCCUGGUGAUGGAUGACGUCAAAGUAGCGACACACGAGAAGGAGUGGAAGUGCACCAACACACUGGCCUGUCUCAACCUAGACUCGAUGGUGUGGGAGUCAGUUCUGCUGGACUCUCUAGAGGAUAAUAUCCCUAGGGCCCGGGCCGGUCACUGCUCCGUGGCCAUCAACACACGUCUCUACGUGUGGAGCGGACGGGACGGCUACCGCAAAGCCUGGAACAACCAGGUGUGCUGUAAGGACCUCUGGUACCUGGAGACAGAGAAGCCCCGCCCCCCGUCACGGGUGCAGCUGGUGAGAGCCAAUACCAGUAGUCUGGAGGUGAGCUGGGGGGCGGUACCGACUGCGGACACCUACCUGCUGCAGCUGCAGAAGUACGAUAUCCCCCCUGCCGCGGCUGCCACUUCCCCCGGCGUUAGCCCCGCGACGUCACUGCCGGUCAAUUCUUCCCCCAAGAGCCCCGUCACAACCUCGGCAGUGUCCGUCCAGGGCCACCCUCUCCAGGGCAUCACCCUGGUCCCUUCAAUGCCUGGGAGUCCAGUUCCUGCUCGCGGACCAGCUAUUCUUAAGGUGUCUGCUCCCCAUUCCACUACAGGCACCUCCAUCGUCACGGUGAGACAGGCCAACCAGGGCGGGAAAUCCCCUGUCAUGGUUACAUCACUUCCUGCUGGGGUCCGCAUGGUGGUGCCGGCCCAGGUCGCACAGGGAACCCCAAUGGGCAGCAGCCCUCAGAUGAGUGGCAUGGCUGCGUUGGCUGCAGCAGCUGCGGCUACCCAGAAGAUCCCGCCCUCCACGGCCACCAUGCAGCUUCCAGCCGGUGCCACUAUAGUCAAGACCGUGGCCAUGAGCCCCGGAGCACAGACUGCUAAAGUAGCUUCGCCUGUUAUGAUCAGUAACCCAGCUACUCGCAUGCUGAAGACUGCUGCGGCUCAGGUGGGCACGUCAGGUGUCGCCACGCCCGGAACGCCCAAUCGGCCAAUCAUCACCGUGCACAAGUCUGGCACGGUGACGGUUGCCCAGCAACACCAGGUGGUUACCACGGUAGUGGGAGGAGUCACCAAGACAAUCACUCUGGUUAAGAGUCCCCUCACUCUGGGAGGAGGUGGCACGCUGCUGACUGCGGCCAACCAGGGUCAAAACAAAGUGAUGUCUGGCAAGGACGUGCAGCAUUGGCUGUCUAACCUGUCCAACCUGGGGAAGGUGAUGUCAGUGGUCCAGACGAAGCCCGGUCAGACCGGAGCGGUGACGGGACAGGCUGGCUCCAGCCUACAGCACAUCCUACAGACGAAGGGUCCUCUCCCGGCGGGUACUAUCCUGAAGCUGGUGACAUCAGCCGACGGCACGCCCACCACCAUCAUCACCACUUCCAAGGCCGGGGGCACCGCGGGGGGCAAGCCCACCAUCUUGUCCUACAGCAGCAUGCCCACCUCCACCUCUAAACCGGGCACCCACAUUAUCAAGACCAUACCCAUGUCGACCAUCGGACAAACGGGAGUGACAGGAAGUGGUAUGAAGUCCCCCAUUACCAUCAUUACCACUAAGAUGAUGACACCAGGCACUGGGACACCAGGCAAGAUCAUCAGCGCAAUGCCCAGAGCUGGGGCUGGCCAGCAGGGACUCACACAGGUGGUGCUGAAGGGUGCCCCCGGACAGCCUGGAACUAUUUUACGGACCGUCCCCAUGGGAGGUGUACGUCUCGUCUCCCCGGUAACGGUUUCCGGUGUCAAACCUAACGUCACCACCCUGGUCGUCAAGGGAACCACAGGUGUGACUACGUUGGGUACGGUGACUGGCACAGUGUCAACCAGCCUGGCAGGAGGAAGUGUUGCCACUGCUGCUCCUAUCACUACCUUGGGCACCAUGACGACCCUGCCUGGACAGGUCACCGUCUCCACAGCACAGGCAGGAGGCCAGGCCACCCAAGUGACCUUAAUCACUACCCCUAGCGGUGUAGAGGCUCAGCCUGUCCAUGACCUUCCUGUCUCCAUCCUGUCCUCCCCCACCUCCGCCGACCCCUCCUCCACUCAGCCCGAGGCAGGCGACCCAGGAACCGUGACCCUGGUCUGCUCAAACCCACCCUGCGAGACCCACGAGACCGGCACUACCAAUACCGCUACCACGGCCUCCGCUAACAUGACUGGUAAUGGUGGGGUAGAGAGGGUGUGUACAAACCCGCCGUGUGAAACUCACGAGACCGGCACCACCAAUACUCAAACGACGGCGUCCUCCAACAUGGGCCAGGUACAGCAGGUGUGCACCAACCCGCCGUCAGAGACCCACGAUACAGGUACCACCAACACCCAGACUACCGCCAGCUGUAACAUGGGAUCCAACCAGCAACAACAAGGCUCUUGCGUAAGCGACAACACCAGCGGGUCUGAUCCCCCGUCCUCUCCGUGCCCCUCCUCCGGAGCCGUCUCCCCCUCGUCUGUCUCUGGUACCAGCUCUGUGCCCGGGGUGCUACGACCGGAGACUCUGAGAACGGGGACCACCUACACCUCGACCACCGCACGCUCUAACAUGGGUUCUGACAAGAUGGGCAUGACGCUUAGCUCCUCGUCCUCAGAUAACCAGAGCAAGUCAUCCAGCGGUGGAGGAGGAGGAGGAUGCCCCCUCACCUCUCCUGUCUGCUCCAGUCCACCUUGUGAAACACACCAGACUGGCACUACCACUACGUCGACGCAGGACAACUCCAGUACGGGCAGCGGGCAGACUACAGGGACAGUGCAAAAGGUGUGUUCCAAUCCGCCGUGUGAAACACAUGAAACAGGGACGACCAACACCCCAUCUCAGACUACGUCCAACCUGGCGGGGACGGGGACAGGGACAGGCACGGUCCAGAGAGUGUGUUCCAAUCCGCCGUGUGAAACACACGAGACCGGGACGACCAACACCCCAUCUCAGACUACGUCCAACCUGGCAGGGACGGGGACGGUCCAGAGAGUGUGUUCCAAUCCGCCGUGUGAAACACAUGAAACAGGGACGACCAACACGGCUACCACAGCUCAGCCUGGUGACUCGACACAAGGAGACAAUGGAACUACAGAGGCUCCCUCGUCGUCCUCGGCAACCACCGAGACCAGCGCAUCAACGACAUCUGGCAGAGCCGUCACCACGGUUACUCAGUCCACGCCCACACCUGGGCCCUGCGUACCUGAGAUCUCAUCAAUGUCUGGGUCGUCUGAGGCGGUGGCAUCGGGGGCUGAAGAGGAAGAGGAGGCCAUGCAGACCGACUCUCUCCCAGAGGGCACGGUGAGGGUCGUGACCCUGGAGGAGGCUGCUGCAGCUGGGAUACAUGUCCAUGUGGAGGGCAUGGAAGAACAGAACCAGGGGGAGCAGGAGGGCCUGCCUGCAGAGCUGAUGUCUGAAGGUGGCUCGGGGGGCCAGCAGACCCUGAUGGUGACGGGUUUAACCCCCGAGGAGCUGGCUGUUACUGCUGCUGCCGAGGAGGCGGCACAACACGCUGCUACUGAGGAGGCUAACGCCCAGGCCAAGGCCAUACAGGCUGUCCUGCAGGCCGCACAGCACGCUGUCAUGAAUGAAGGAGACGGUGGCCAUCACACCACCACCAUCCCCAUUGUGUUGACUCAGGCUGAGCUGGCAGCCCUGGUACAACAACAACAGCAGCUGCAGGAGGCCCAGGCUCAGGCCCAGGCUCUUGCUCAGGCCCAGGCUCUUGCUCAGGCUCAGGCUCAGGCCCAGGCCCAGGCAGCAGCAGCACAACAAAACCAGGCAGCAGCAGCACAACACAACCAGCCCACCGAGGGCCUGGCCCCAGCAGACAGCCUGAACGACCCAGCGUCAGAGAGUAACGCUGAUGAGCUGGCUGCUGCAGUGACCCAGGCUGUGGCCCGGUUAGCCCCGUCCUGCACCUUAACACCAACUCAGACAAUGAUGGCGACCAGUCCGGCUAAGAUACAGGCAGCUACGCCCAUGGCAGAGGGGGUCAAUGGAAUAGAGUCUGCCGCAGGGAGGCCAGGACCGUCUACUGCGGUGGCCAAAGCCCCGCUGAAGAAAGACAACCAGUGGUUUGAUGUUGGCAUCGUCAAGGUUACCAACACCGUGGUCACGCACUACUACCUACCCGACGAAGACGCGGCUGCUGUCGAUGAUGACUCUGGGACGAUCCCGGACUACAGUCAGAUGAGGAAGAUCGAUCUCCAGCCAGGGACGGCCUAUAAAUUCAGAGUGGCCGGGAUCAACACUUGUGGCCGGGGGAACUUCUCAGAGGUCUCAGCCUUCAAGACCUGUCUACCAGGCUUCCCUGGAGCUCCCUGUGCUAUCAAGAUCAGCAAGAGCCCAGACGGUGCCCACCUGACCUGGGAGCCUCCGUCGGUUACAUCUGGUAAGAUCAUCGAGUACUCGGUGUACCUGGCCAUCCAGAGUGCCCAGAGCGGGGAGCAGGCCAAGCCCACUACCACCACCACCCCAGCCCAGCUGGCUUUCAUGCGGGUGUUCUGUGGGCCCAACCCUUCCUGCCUGGUGCAGUCGUCCAGCCUCUCCAACGCACACAUAGACUACACCACGAAGCCUGCCAUCAUCUUUCGUAUCGCAGCCCGCAACGAGAAAGGUUACGGCCCUGCCACGCAGGUCAGGUGGCUCCAAGAGAUUAGUAAAGAUGGCCUUGCAGGUAAACCUACUGUUAAGAGACCAGGCUCCUCGCCUGACAUGAAAGCUGCUGGUCCGAAGAAGGCCAGAUCAGACCAGUGAGGGGGUUCAUUCCUCUCCCCUUGUUGUCCAUGAUGACUGAACUGAAUACAACACCUUCCUACUGAAUACAAUACCCCAGGCUCCACCUAGACCCCGGACCCCAACCUCUACCAGAACCCCAUCUAACCCUACAACAGCACAUCCUGAACCUUGACCAGGCCCCAUCCUGAACCUUGACCAGGCCCCAUCCUGAACCUUGACCAGGCCCCAUCCUGAACCUUGACCAGGCCCCAUCCUGAACCUUGACCAGGCCCCAUCCUGAACCUUGACCAGGCCCCAUCCUGAACCUUGACCAGGCCCCAUCCUGAACCUUGACCAGGCCCCAUCCUGAACCUUGACCAGGCCCCAUCCUGAACCUAGACCAGGCCCCAUCCUGAACCUAGACCAGGCCCCAUCCUGAACCUUGACCAGGCCCCAUCCUGAACCUUGACCAGGCCCCAUCCUGAACGUUGACCAGGCUCAACAUCCCAUCAGUCACAAAAUGGCUGCAAAAUAGAUAAAGCUGAGAAACAGCAGAUCCCCUGCCCUCAUCACUGGACGUUGUGGUACCGUGGACGCCUUAUUUCAUUCUUCUGUAUUUCUUAUUGUAUUAUUAUUAUUAUCGAUAUUAUUAUUGAUAUUUGUUUAAACCAUGGAAAGCACAUAAUUAACUUUUUAUUUUCCUAUGAUAUGAUUUUCUGUGGAAUCAAAAUACAAAAAAACAGUUCAGUCUCUGGUUUAACUGUAGUUUCUAGAUAGUUCUCUAGUCUCUUUCAUGCGUUUCCUCUCCCCUGUUUUAUCUACACAAGCAAUAGACAACACAAAUAUCUGCUCAUAAUACAAUCUAGUAUAUCUCAUUAUGUCACUGGAGAGGUGUGUGUGUGUGUGUGUGUGUGUGUGUGUGUGUGUGUGU